GGCCUGGACGUGGCACCGAGGAGGAGCUGCGCCCUCUCAGCCUGUUUCUUCGCCUGUUUCCGUCUCUCUCCUGCGGCGUCAAACCAGCAGCUUCUCCCCCCGGACUUCACCGGCCGACUUUCCCCGCGUCAGGUUGUUCAUCGUCCCGCCUGUGAGCCGGGACACUGAGGAGGUUAAAGAUGGGUCUCACGAUCUCCAACCUGUUCACCAAACUGUUCGGGAAAAAGCAGAUGAGGAUACUGAUGGUGGGUUUGGACGCGGCUGGAAAAACGACGAUCCUGUACAAACUGAAGCUCGGAGAGAUCGUCACCACCAUCCCGACCAUCGGGUUUAACGUGGAGACAGUGGAGUAUAAGAACAUCUGUUUCACAGUGUGGGACGUCGGAGGUCAGGACAAGAUCCGACCUCUCUGGAGACACUACUUCCAAAACACACAGGGUCUGAUCUUCGUGGUGGACAGUAACGACAGAGAGCGAGUCACAGAGUCGGCAGAGGAGCUCUCCAAGAUGCUCCAGGAGGAUGAGCUGAAGGACGCCGUUAUCCUGGUGUUUGCCAACAAACAGGAUCUUCCCAACGCCAUGGCGGUCAGUGAACUCACGGACAAACUGGGUCUGCACGGCCUGCGCAACAGGACUUGGUACGUUCAGGCUACCUGUGCGACUCAGGGGACGGGUCUAUACGAGGGUCUCGAUUGGUUGUCCAUUGAGCUGUCCAAACGUUAGAUCACCUCACAGGAAACAGGAAGCAGCUGUGUGAUGUCAUCAACCGAAUUCACCACAAACAAUGAAGACGAGGAGGGGGAGGAGUUUUAAAAGACUGAUCUUGUUUUUUUGUUUUUUUUUUAAAUUAUAAAUGUGUCUUAGAGGAAGUGAUGUCAUGGACUCUGAGCUCACCUUGAUUUUCCAUCAUGCUCUUCUUCUCUUGUUCCUGCAGACUUUUAUUUUUUUCUUUUACUCCGCAUGUUUAAACUCUGAAUCAUGUGACUCCAAGUUGACCAGGUGGGAAGGCGGGGCUUCAGACAGGUUACAUUACAGCUGUGGUUGAUGGCGGGGUUUAACUACAGGUGACAGUGUACCUGUGUGAAGGGGGCGGGGUUCACGUCAGGUGACAGUGGACCAGGGGGCGGGGUUUAUUACAGGUGACAGUGCACCUGUGGACAGGGGGCGGGGUUUACUACAGGUGACAGUGCACCUGUGGGCGGGGGCGGGGAUAAAGACAGGUUACAGUUACCUGGUGGUGUUAUGGCUCAUUCCGUACCUGAAGGCCUCGUCAUUCCUAAAAGAUGUGCAGAAGAAGAAUCUGAAAUAAUGAUGAUGCAAUAAAGGUUUUUUUUUUCUUCUCA